GUAAUGGGAUUACCAGCCGUUCAUUUGACUGACACUGGCUGAUGGCCACUGCAGAUUCAGGUUUAUGCCACAGCACAUGGGAGAAAGAGACAAUGCAAGCCCUAAAAUACUGCCCCUCCCCUCGUGGGACUGUUAUCUGACAAGCACUGCGUGUGCGUGAUGAAAUACCUGCUGCGUUUCCAUAAAGAGUGACAGUACAGAAGCUCUACUGACAGCAAAGAGUGGCUCGGGCAAAUCAGGGUGCCGUUCAGGUGAAGCUGGAACUCGGUCAUCGUGCCCAGGUCCGAAAGAAACCCACCGUGGAAGGUUUUACGCACGACUGGAUGGUGUUUGUCCGCGGACCAGAGCACAGCAACAUUCAGCAUUUUGUGGAGAAAGUCGUGUUUCAUCUUCACGAAAGUUUCCCGAAACCAAAAAGAGUGUGCAAGGAUCCACCAUAUAAAGUUGAAGAGUCUGGAUACGCCGGAUUUAUCUUGCCUAUUGAAGUUUACUUUAAAAAUAAGGAAGAACCAAAAAAAGUGCGCUUUGACUACGAUCUGUUCCUGCACUUGGAGGGCCACCCACCUGUCAAUCAUCUCCGGUGUGAAAAGCUCACGUUCAACAACCCUACUGAAGAGUUUCGCAAGAAGCUGCUCAAGGCCGGAGGGCAACGGGAUCCUCACAAAAGAUCUUCAGAGGACUCUAAAGUAAUGGUAAUGCAGGAGGGCUCCACUUCUCUGUUCGGGCAGCAUCUAAAGCUGCCCACAUUACCCAGCAGCUCAUUAACAUUGACCUUCUCUGAUGUGAAGAAGAGCAAGUCUUUCCCAGGGUCAAAGGACGGGUCCAAAAGCACCAGUGCUCUUACAACCACAAACAAUAUUAGCAGCAGCUCUCUCAAGCUCCACAAACCGUAUAAGGACAAGCCUUCCAAAGACUCAAAGGAGUCCAAAAGUGCCUUCAGAGAUUUCAGCAAGGACUCUGGAAAACUCUCUAAAGAAUCCAAAAAACCCAAAGAGAAUCAACCGAUUCAGGAAGAUCGCACCGUUCCCCAAAUGGGAUUUAAGGAGCCCAAGACCACGUCCAAGGAGCCGCGGUCAUCUGAGAUUAGCUUCUCAAGCUUGGGACAAAGUAAACGGCGGCCUGUUUUGGACACUGAAGGCCAUGUUACCAAAAAACAGAAAAGCAGUUUUUCCGAGAGCUCGCAAAAGCAGCAAGCGUGUCCCACUUUGCUACAGCACCACCAUUCGGAUAAAAAAGUUUUGAAAGACAAGCCGCAAAUCCGGCAUAGUAGGUUACAAAACAGUGAACUUUCAGAGAAGAGAAAACCACCAGCGUUACCGCCCUUCCAGGAUGUGUUGGACCCGCAUGACUCGGACAUGGACGACAACAUGUUCACAAGAUCAGACUCGGAUCAGCCCAGCCCGGCCAGCUCCAGUUCCAGUUCCAGCUCUGGCUUUGGACGUCCACACAAGCGGCAAGUUCUGGGUCCUUUGCGGUCGGUGAUCCCAGAUUUGCACUCGGAUGAAAACGAAGAGGAUUCUGAAGAGGAGGAUGACAAUGACAUGGACUCGGACUUAGAGCGACCGUUACACACGCAAAUGACACAUCGUCACCGCAGGGUGAGUUUAAGUGACGGCAGUGACAGUGAAAAUAGCUCUGCCUCUUCACCACUGCCCCAUAAUGACCCCCCACCUCUACUGAAAUCCACCAAUAACCAGAUCCACGAAGUGAAAAGUCCUAUGAAACAAGCAAAGAUGGACAAAAAUAAAAACCUCGACUGUGACAAGGCGUACUUGGAUGAGCUGGUUGAGCUUCACAGAAGACUAAUGGCACUGAGGGAAAGGCACAUAUUACAGCAGAUUGUAAACCUCAUAGAAGAAACGGGACACUUUCACAUCACAAACACAACUUUUGACUUUGACCUCUGCUCUCUGGACAAAACCACAGUUCGGAAGCUGCAAAGCUACCUGGAGACUUCUGGAUCGUCUUGAAGACUUGUGCAGCUGGCUGCCACCAGGAGGAGAAUCACACCUCCCCUUUCUCCUUCUUUUGUUUUUCCCUUCUAAAUAGGAACUUGUAAGGCAAUGGAAGGAUCCGCUUUCAUUCCAGAGCUCGUCUCUCGAAAACGCCUCAGAAACCGACAACAUUGUUACAUGAGUCUGGAGAUUCUUCACCCAAAAAGCCUUGAUAAUCUGACAUUGCCAAAAAAAAAAAAA